AUGCUGUCUGCUCCGGUCAAGUCAGCGCGCCGCAUCUCCUCCCUCCUGAACCUCGGCUCCAGCUCGAAGCAGCAGUCCGACCAGUCGACUUCUCCUGAUCUGCCUCCUCAACACACCGGACGGGCUCGUAGCAGCUCACGACCGGCGCGCCAUGCUUCAUCGCCCCUCCCCCAUUCUGCAGAAUCACGCCCCAAAACAAGCUCCGGGUCCGUAGAGCCGUUUGACCUGACCGACCUCCCGCCUCCUCCUUCCUUGCUCGCCGUCAAUCAGACCCUCAGCGACAGUGGUCCCGAUAGCAGACCGGGGAGCAGGGACGCAGGCAGUAGACCUUCCAGCUCCGCUGGACUGACGCCUCGCACUCUAGCCCCUCCCUCACGACCUGGUACGCCCGGAGAACGCGCGGGGAAACGACGGAGCUGGAUGCCGGGAAAGUCACGAAGCCCUUCCGUGGAGAUGCGGAACCACGAAUAUGAGGCCUGGGUUGCCGGGCUGGAUCAGAAAAUCCCCUAUGACCUUGGUCCUCUGGCCAGGGGGGAAGCGAUCACCGAAUUGUGGAACGAGCAGGGCGAUACCUUUGUCUAUCUAUUCCCGCAGAACACCCGUCGACCCCCAUCAUUCAAGGUGGACUCGGCCAUCUUUGCUGACUCGCCAUCGCUGACCUACUUGGCUCGAGGUACCGACCCCAAGGUGGAAGCCCUGAGGCAGUCGACACGCAGCCUCACCGUCUCGGAUCCCGAUGGCACUCCGUCUGCGGAGUAUCAGUGGGCUGACAAUGACGCUGCCAGCAGCGGGAGUGCACGGUUGGCCCUAGUCGAGGAGCCGCAGGAGGAGCCUCUUCAUCUCUACCUGCCAAUUCCCCUCAAUAGCGAUGUCUCCAGUCCUCACAAUCGCCUGUCGCCAGAAGACACGGAAACCCUGCUGCUCUUCCGGAAUCUCUUUGCCUUCCUACUCGGGCAGGCCUUGAUCGCUACACCUCGGUAUCCGACCCUCUUUUCGAUCCUGAUGGAGGUGUCGGUCUUGCUACGCCGGUUCGAGUUCUCCAACCUAGAUGGGUCGACUUUCGGCGAGAUGGCCACGACCAGCUUUGCCAACUACUGCGACGAGCUGCACCUGGCUGACGUCCGCAAGAGCCGGGAGAAGACCAUCGAAGCGAUCGUCCUCGGCGAACAGCUGCGAUAUUAUCCUCUGUAUCUGGAGGGCUUCGUCCACGGCGUGGGGAAGCUGGAUGACCUCAAGCAACUGCAUAGCCCGAAGUUCGAGCUCAUCAGCGAGGUCACACGAAAGCGGCUGGAACGGGGCUACAUCGACCUGGAGAACCGGCUGAAGGUGAUGCGAGGCAAGCUCGAGGAUUUCGAGUUCCCCUCCCUGUGGGCUGGGAUCGCCAACUCCAACACGGCGCAGGAGAGCAAAGUAGUGCGGUUCAAAGCGUGGAAAGCGUCGUUCCUCUCGUUCCGGAAGUUCAUCCUUUCCUACUAUCGCCAGAAAUACGGGUCGUGGCCGCCUAAGGCCGGAUCUAAGAAGAACGAAUUCGAAGGGAGCGGGCUCAACCGGCUCCUCUUGAAGGAGGUCUACGAGGACUUCGCGGCGCUUUACGACAUGUUGGUGGACCGCAACUUGCUGACGACGCGGACGACGGACAUGGCCAGCGAGGAUCUCGACGCAGCGGAUCCGAUGGAGUCGAUAAUCCGAGCGAUGCGGCGGAUGAUGAGCGAGUAUGACCGCAGCACGCCGCCGGUGCAGCCGCCGAUCCCGUUCGAUAUCCCGCAGAUCCCCAGCCUGAUGUCGAUACGCCGGAAACCCAUGGACCCCAUAACCGAAGCCAAGGAGCGGCAAAAGAAGCUCAAAGAUUCCGACAUCAACGAAAUCCUGAUGGCAUCCUAUACGCACGAGAGCGUCAAGCCGACGCCGUUCAUCGAGAGCUUCAUGCAGUUUGAGCGACGCAGCGCGCACGGCAAGAACAUCGACGAGAUCGCCGACAACCGGUGUGGCCAGUGGCUCUUCCUGUAUGCCGUCAUCCAGUCGCUGCCGCUGCUGGUGGUCGACGUGCCCGAUCUGAGGUAUACGGAUGGGGUGGAGUAUUUCCUCUGCGUGGCGCCUCGUGGCGGAGCGCCGUGGGCGCAGAACGAUCCCAAGACCGGACGCAGCUGGUUUGGCGUUGCCAACGGGGCAGGGGUGGUCAGUCUGCCGUCGGAUGUGGUGACGAACGGCGUCGAGGGCAUCUACCGGCGCAGCCACUGCUGGCAGGUCGCAGCGCAGUGGGCAGAGAAGGGCCAGCAGCAGAUCGGGUCGCCCAUCACGACGGACGAUGCGGCCUCGUUGUUCUCGGCCCCGACGCCGGCGCCCCAGUCGUCCAUUGGGUCCAUGUCUGAUAUCCAGCCGGCCGCGGGCGGGGUGUCGCCGUUGGCGGUGCCUCGCACGAGUUCGCCGGGCAAUCGCGCAUCCAUCCAUCCUGGACUGGAAGCCCUGCCGUUGCCGGCCGGAGUGAUGCCAGUGGAGCCACCGACGAAGCCGUUUGUUCGGCACAACCCGAACAUGAGUUUCGACGACAUCCUCAAGGGGAUUCCAAACGGAAAGAAGAAAUAA